GUCAACAACACCGAGCGGACAGAAAGAACCAAAUGUCGAAAUUGAAAUCGUAUGGCGGCGUGAGCGUGGAAUUGUUGCGUAAAUAGAGCAUUUUUCGGAAAUUUUGAGCGAUUCUCUUGUUUUUCAUUGAAAUUUGACCCACACGGACUUAGAGCUAUAGACAGUUGACCACCCAAAAACUAGCCUUGCGUUCAGUUCGCAGCGCCCGGCCUGUCUUCUCUAUUUUCCUUCCCUUUGCCUCCUUUAGACGCACCACUCGUCCUAGAUGGCACACGACAGAGGAGACAUUGCUGUCGAUAACAUCGACGCUGAGGAGGUGGACAUCGAAAAGGCGGUGGAGCGCGAAAUGGAAAUGGCGGCCAAGGAGAAUGCUACCAGUUCAUCGGUGGAGGCGGCGACCAAGCGUAAACCGCGCAAGAUGCACAGGCAGAAUAGUAAAGAGGCGGGAGCGCCGAACGCGGGCGGCUUCGUCCAUAAAGCGAGGUCUUGGAAAAAUAGUCGUCGCUCGCGUAACGGUUACGGCCGUGGCCUGCCGAAAAAAGGCGGUGCCGGCGGCAAGGGCGUGUGGGGCGUGCCCGGAUCCGAGCUGCUCGAGGCCUACGAGGAUGUCAACGAUCCCAACUUCGACGCCGAGAACCUGAGCAACGGCGACAUUGAGCUCAAGGCGGUCGUGCCCGAGGAAACCAACGAAGAGAUCAGAAAUAAGUGCGUGCCCAUCAUUCUUGAGUACUUCGAGAGCAACGACGCUCACGAGGCCGCUCUCUCGGUCCAGGAGAUGAUACCGAUUAAUAGGCGCGACGUCUUCGUCGAGCAGGCGAUCCAGACCGCCAUGGACCACAAACCGUCCCACCGCGAACUGACGUCGGUGCUUAUUUCGGACCUUUACGGUUACGUCGUCACAGAGUUCGAUAUUGUCAAGGCGUUCGAGAACCUACUCUCGAACAUCAACGAUUUGAUUUUGGAUAUACCGGACGCGCCCGUCAUUUUGGGUAAUUUCAUCGCCCGUGCCAUAGCCGACGACUGUAUCCCGCCGCGUUUCAUCGUCGCAACCAAGGAGAAGAGCGACGACCCCAAGUUUCAGGAAGCGCUGAUCCGCGCGGAUACGCUCCUCUCCAUGAAACACGGCCUCGUGCGUCUCGACAACGUGUGGGGUAUCGGCGGACCCCUUCGACCCGUCCACGCCCUCAUCCGGCAGAUGACGCUGCUGCUGCAGGAGUUCGUGUCGGCCGGCGACGUCGAGGAGGCGGCCCGUUGCCUCGCCGCGCUAGAAGUGCCCCACUUUCAUCACGAGCUCGUCUACGAGGCGAUAGUGAUGGCGCUCGAGGCCAACAACCAGGCCACCGAGCUGGCGAUUUGCAAACUGCUCAAGGCGUUCGAUACCGCCAUCCUGAUCACCACCGAUCAGAUGGAGCGCGGGUUUUUCCGGGUAUUCGACGAUCUACCGGACAUUUCGAUGGACGUGCCACUUGCCUACGUCAUUUUGGACAGGUUCAUAGAUUUGUGCCGCGACGAGGGUUUCCUGACCAGCAACGUAGUAAAAAGGUGGCCGUCACGGGGCCGCAAGCGGUUCGUCUCUGAGGGCGACCACUUCAUCUCGAAAGGCGGGGCGGACAAAAAUGCCAAGGUGCGCGAGUACUGAGGGUGACGACCACGAAAUCGAGAGGGUGGAGACGUUCGGGGGGGUCCGCAUUAGUGCCGCGGUUUCUCUCAAAUAGUUCUUGGUUAGUUUUCUAUGCAUUUUCCAGAUAUAACGACCACGCCCUUUCCGCAUCGAAGUGGGCGGCUUUAGUUUCCGGUAUAUCAACCCCUGUGUUGAUUUAUUUCUUUUUGUACAUGUUUAAAUUGGUAAAUAAAUAUUAUUAAGAGUUA